CCGAAAAAAAGUGUUUACUAAACUGUUUAGUCAUUUUCGUCCAAAUCGGGCUUGUUCUCGAAGUUUUCCAUUUAUCCCGGGAAUAAAAGAGGCCUUAAUCUGUUGGUCGAGCUUAAUUUCAAGACAUCAGCAACCAGACCACAACAUGGAGUUUCCACAUCUGGGCCAGCACUGCAGCGAGAAAACUUGUAAUCGACUCGACUUUCUGCCCGUUAAGUGCGACUCGUGCGACAAGGUCUUCUGCGCCUCCCACUACAACUACGAGCGCCACAACUGCCCGGGAGCGUACAAGAAGAACGUCCAGGUGCCCAUCUGUCCACUCUGCCGUGAACCCGUGCCCACGCCCCCCGGAGUGGAGCCCGACGUCACUGUGGGGCAGCACAUCGAUCAGCAAUGCAAGUCGGAGAGCAAGAAGAUCUACACGAAUCGCUGCCAUGCCAAGGGCUGCAAGCGCAAGGAGCUCAUCCCGGUGAAGUGCUCAGCAUGCCAUUUGAAUUUCUGCCUACGUCAUCGCCAUACCAGCGACCACGACUGCCAGCCAGCGAGUAACCCAAUAGCCCCAGCAACGUCAUUUAUCGGAGGCUGGCAGUCAAUCUUCAAGUCUUCGGACACGCGCUCGAUGGCUGCCCAGGCUGCGGAGAAACGCAGGCAGAACAAGCCGACAGCAAGCAAUGUGGGUACCUCGAAUCCAAGGCCGAGAGCCGCUGCAGCAGCAGCAGUGCAGGCCACACAAGUACAAACGAUACAGGGAAAUAUGAGCGAAGACGAAGCCCUUGCUCGAGCCCUGGCCUUAUCAAUCAUGGAACAGGAUGACGCAUCGGAACGCAACCGACAGCAGCAGCCUCAAAGCCAAAACCAAAACAAUGCCCAACAGGUGACGGUGGGCGGCAGCCAGCAGGGAAGUGGCAAGGACAAAUGUCUGCUGUCCUAGUUCUACCGCAACCCCUACAUAUCCCCUACUUGACCAACUAUUAGCUCUAGUUAAGCAAACAAAAGCAAACAUUCUGUUAAUUGUAAUAUUUUGUUGGUAAUUUACUUUGACUUUGUCACAUUCUACGUGGUUUAGCAAAAAUAAAUCAAUGUUAAGUCUA